AUGAGCGUCUUUAUCUUAUCUCCAUGUAAACUUCAAAUCAGACGCGGGAAUGCAAUUGCAUUUCUUCCAUUCUUCAACGAGGAUGACCUAAAAUACACAUUUGGAGUAGAAUCUCAUGCUAAAGUUCCAAAGCAUGAAGAGAUUGAUCCAAUGCCGUAUUAUCAUCAAAAUGGUAGCUUGCAUAAACUGGAAUUUACGGCAUUCAACAAAAAGUACAACUUGACAUUUGAGCCCACCUUGGCAAAGUUGCUCUCUUCUGGAGUGACUAUUGUUAAGAAAAACGAAAAGAAGGGAGGCUCGUUGGACUUUGGAUCAACACUUGACAGUUGUCAUUACCAUCAUUACGGCGAGAAAGUGUACGCUGCUAUCAGUAAUUGUGAUGGAAGAAUAAAAGGGACAGUUAUCGACGAUGGCGAGAUUAUUGUGAUUCACCCGUUCCCUGAUCACCAUGCUCAUCGAUCAAAAAGAGCUACUGAAAACGGAGCACAUGUAGUGUACAAAAGAGAAACACUGGCCGGAGAACCAAAAGAUUUCUGUGGUCUUGAUAAUGUUGUGACUGAGGAAUCUUUGGUGGAAGAUGAAAGUGCUAUAUUUGAAGAUGUCUUCGUUACUGGACAACGUCUUACUCAGCAAUCUGAUCUUAUUGUCGAACUGGCAGUUUUCGUUGAUGAAAAUCUUUGGAGACACUUCAGUAGUAAACACGGUGGAAUGGCAGAUCGAAAACUUCAAGAUUACACUCUGACUCUUCUCAACAACAUUCAGAUCAUGUACUAUCAGCCAACUGCAAGCCCUCCACUCACUUUCCGUGUCAUCCGAUAUGAAGUGCUUACCAGACAACCGGCCGCCCUUGCUGGAUACCUUCACAAUCAUGGAAACGCUCAAAUGUACUUGGAUCGGUUCUGCAGAUACCAGCGAAAUCUAGCUGUUCGCGACUGGGAUCAUGCUAUUAUGCUAACUGGUUACGACAUUCAUCGGGGUGCUGGAUCUCGUUCAAUUUCCGGAAUCGCUCGUCUUGAUGGAAUGUGUGAUCCAUGGAACACGUGUACUUUGGCCGAAGGAUUAGACUUUACAUCUGCAUUCAUCGGAACCCAUGAACUUGGUCACAGUGUUGGAAUGCGUCACGAUGAGCCUUACUGCCCAUCCAAACACAUCAUGUCGUCAUCAUUGGGUCCCGGAAAAGUCACGUGGUCGACUUGUUCGUUGAGAGAUUACCAUCAGUUCCUGCAACGUCUUGAUGGCCGCGGCAAAAACUGUCUCCGUGUGUCAAAUAUGCCGACCAAAUUGGAAGUCUCGUCCCACGUUAAACCCGGCCAAAUCUAUGAUGCGAAUCUCCAAUGCGAACUGAUGCAUGGAAACGGAUAUCAGCAGGUCACACCUCGUCAAGACUCGUAUGAUGGCAUUUGCUACAUGAUGUGGUGUGGACAGUCAUCUUUCGGCAGAAUUAUUACCUCGCAUCCGGCGUUGGAAGGAACUUUCUGUGGACCAAGCAAAUGGUGCCAACUUGGAAGAUGUGUUCCAUGGACUGGAACCAAUGAAAUCGUGCCACCAGUGCAAAAUGUUGCUCCAGUUGCUACAACUCUUCCAUCAAGAGUUGAUGGUUCGUGGUCCGGAUGGGGAGCAACUAUUUGCUCACAAUGUACCUGUAACGGAAUUCUUGGAUCUGUUGGUCUUGCUGUUUCCAGAAGAACAUGUUCUGCUCCGUACCCAGCCAACGGCGGAAGCGAUUGCAUCGGUUCAACUUCUAGAGCAGUUCUUUGUUCUCGUCAGUGCGGUCGUGCCACCAAGUCUGUCGACGAGUACAUUAGCGACAAGUGUAUGGAACAGAAACGUCUCAAGAACGACCGUGAACUAACUGGAAAGGGAAGUCAACUCAACCGUUUCCCGCAACGAGCAUGUAAAGUGUUCUGCGACGUUCAACAACAUUACGGAAGUCAAAGGAAUUACCGAUUCUUUGGUGAUAACCUGCCAGAUGGUACAAGCUGUGGAUAUGACAGAUAUUGUUUGGAUGGAGAGUGCUUGGCCCUCAACUGUAACAACAAUGCUCUGGUGAGCCGUGAUCAAUCAUGCCCAUCUGAAACCUGUCCGAUCACUGACCAAUCUUCUUCUGUUUAUCGUGGACAAUGGGGAAUAUGGAGUCUUUGGACGAGCUGUAGUACUACAUGUGGAGGUGGAUAUAGAAAACGUAACCGUGCCUGCUCCAUCACAGGACAAUGUGAAGGAAGUGAAGAUGAAACCGAGAAAUGUGCAACCGAACCAUGCCCAUCAGUCCUUCGAACCGGAAACGACUGGAGCACAUGGACCGAAUGGAACCAUUGUUCUGUGUCAUGCGGUCGCGGAUCUCAAGCUAGAUACCGCAAGUGUCUCAGUCCGCACCGAACCUUGGCAUUCGACUGCCCUGAGAAAAACAUCGAAGUCCGCUCCUGCGAUAAUGGUCCAUGCAAUGCAAUUGGUGUCUGGGGAACUUGGGGAGGAUGGAGCACAUGCUCAACAUCAUGUGGACCUGGUACCCUUGUCAGACAGAGAACUUGUAACAGAGAACCAUGCGACGGAUCAGCCCACGAACGUAGAUCAUGCAACGUAGCCACAUGUCAAAACGAUGGAAUAUGGUCCCUAUGGAAUGAGUGGUCGGAUUGCAGCAGAGUUUGCGGAAAAGGACUUAGAAGUAGAAGCAGAUCUUGCUUCGGAAGUGGAUGUAUGGGUGCUAGCUCGGAACAACAAUUCUGUAAUGAGCAAGCUUGCGCUACAUCAAAUGCGAAUGAUUGGGGAACAUGGUCAGGAUGGUCUCAGUGCUCUGUGAGCUGUGGAGCCGGAGUGAAAAGGAGGACGAGGACGUGUCGAACUGGAAACUGCCCUGGAAAUUACAAAGAAUCAGCUAUUUGUAAUGAUAGGGAUUGUGAGAAUAGGAAUGCUGCUUGGGGAGGAUGGGGAUAUUGGUCGUCGUGCAGUGAAACAUGUGGUGAUGGUGUUCGUAAACGUGUCCGCAAGUGCUACGGAAGCGGAAACUGUGAUGGUCAACAAUACGAAAAACAAUACUGUAAUCUGAGGACAUGCGAUUUCCGAAGAAAGUUCUAA